CAACAAUCAUGAUAAAAAUAUUAUUUUGUCUUUAAAAUACAAUGGAAAAUCAUUUGCAUGGCCAUCAUGGACAAAUGGGGGAAUUGCAAAAUCAGGAUGGCUCGGCAUCAAUUUGUCAAGCGGUUGGUAACAGCAAUAGUUCAUCAAAAAUAAUGUCGAAUACGAGCAUUAUCGACAAAAAUUGUUCACAUCAAAAAGAACAGUGUCAAGAUCAAAAGCACUUUCAGUUGUGCGCCAAUAUGCCCGUUAGUGAUUCCAAAGUUGAAAGUCUAUGCCGAAGAACACCUGAAUCAAUUGAUAACAACACAAGAUCAAUGCAAGCAAGUGGGGGUGAAGUUGACGAUACAUCAGCCUACGUUGAACAUGAUAAUUAUGAUGACAGAAAUACUGUAGUGAAACAAUUACGAAAUGGUUGUGAUAAAAAUUCUUUUGACCAAAAACAAGACAUUUACAUUCCUUCUGGCCAAUUAGAAGGCAUUAAGCUAAAUCAGACAUCUACAGAUGACAUCUUAAAAGAAAAUAUGCUUGAGAAGUCUAGAACCAACAUUAAAGAUUCUGUUCCGUCUGGCUAUAGAACAAUUUGCACAUCUACAACUACUUCUUCCGCUGUGAUUCCUUCAGCUGGCCAAAACACUACCAAAGCGAGAGAUAUAGAUGAAUGUAAAUCGGAAAAAGACAACAAAGAGCCAUGCAUUAAGCAAAGGCUGGAUGAAAGCGCAGCUCUUCAGAGCGUAAGAGGAGCAAAAAGAGGUAAAACUAUAGCACAUUAUAUAACUAAUAAAAACACCGAUGCCGUUCAUGUGUCUAACUGUAGUACUAGUACGGCAGCAAUCAAUAAUCAAAUGACAUUUAAACAUGCAUGUCAAUCCCCAUAUAUAACCGUACUACCUUUGCAUGCUUGCAAUACAUUUAACCAUUUUCAUCAGAACCACCUUCACAUCCACCACCAUCACAACCAUAAUAAUUACCAAUCUGAAAGUGAAAAUUUUGCUAACGAAUUAACCAAUGCUUUGUCCUCUCGAUUGCUUUUUCAAAUAACAAAUAACUCCUCCUAUUGCACUAAUUCAGCUUCAAAGAGCCAAAGUAAAAGACAGUUCUCAUUUUUAAAAUCCCAAUCGCUUGAAAUUGUACAAGAUUCACCAUCCAUUCUUUAUCCUGAAACAGACGAUGAUGAUGAGCAUAUAUUUUUUCAACUGCCAGAAAUUGAUGGGGAUGAUCUACAAUAUAAACAACACAUGGUCAGCGAUCAAUCCAAAGAUCAACGACCGAAAAGCCCACAAUUAUCAAAUCUUGAAGAUGACCUCGGUACUUAUUCGAGGACAACAAAUGCUGACGACAUUGAUCAAGCUUCCCAGAAUGUAGAUGAAAGGAUUGAAGAUGAAGGUCUUGUGGUUACUAGAUCAUUGUCAUUAUCAUCACAAAAGACUGGAGUAGUUUUUAAAACACAAUCCCUCGAAUCUCGACCCAUAUAUCCGAAUGUUCCAUAUAGUCCAUAUGCUAGUCCGUAUAGUAGUCCUAGAUCAAAUAGGCGAAGACCACCAUUACGUGAAUCAAGGCGUAUUUCAAUUGAGCAAAGCGGCAGUUUUCUUCAAUUGAAUCAAUACAAAUUAAUGGAUCAAAUAGGACAGGGUUCAUAUGGUCUUGUUAAAUUGGCUUACUCCGAGGAAGAUUCAACUCACUAUGCAAUGAAAAUACUUUCAAAACGUCGUUUACUUCGUCAAGCUGGUCUUAUGAAACGAGGUCCAAAAAAAAGUACAUCGCCAUUAGAUCGAGUUUAUCGUGAAAUUGCCGUCUUAAAGAAACUAGAUCAUCCGAAUGUAGUUAAACUUGUUGAAGUGCUUGAUGACCCCGUGGAGGAUUCUCUUUACAUGGUUUUUGAAUUGGUUAAACAAGGCGAGGUAUUGAGUGUUCCCACCAAAAAUCCACUAAGUGAAGAAAGAGCUUGGAGUGUAUUUCGUGAUACCUUAUUGGGUUUAGAGUAUCUACAUUACCAGCGAAUCAUUCAUGCCGAUAUAAAGCCGGGAAAUUUGUUAUUAACCGAAUGUGGUCGAGUGAAAAUAGCCGAUUUAGGUGUUUGCAAUGAAUUCAUUGGAGAGGAUGCUACAAUGACUAAUGGUUCAACAGCUGGUACACCAGCAUUUAGAGCUCCAGAAUCAUUAAACGUGGGACAGAAUAUCUAUUGUGGUAAAGCUGCUGAUAUAUGGGCAUUGGGUGCAACACUGUAUGCAUUAGUUUAUGGCAAUGUCCCCUUUGUAGCCUCUUCCGUUCCAGCAUUAUAUGAGAAAAUAAAAAAUCAAGAACUAUCGUUUUCUGAAAAUCCAAAAACUUCUGUUGAGCUCAGAGACUGCAUUCAGUGUAUGUUAAAGAAGGAUCCAGCGGAUCGUAUAACUUUGCCACAAUUAAAGGAACACGCUUGGGUAACUGCGAGUGAUUUACAUCCAUUGCCCAGUGAGGAGGAAAACUGUCGGCUGGUUCAAGUCAGUGAUGAUGACAUUAAUUCCGUUGUGCGCAGCAUUCCCAAGUUGGAUACAUUGAUUUUAAUUAAAACAAUGCUAAAACAACAUUCCUUUGGCAAUCCAUUUUCACGUGGCAUAUCUGGUCGAGCCCCUCAACGUGGUGGUUCCCGCUUAGAAAGAUUCAUACGUGCGGGUCGUUCUAAUUCAGCACCUGGAUCCUAUAAUAUGAUUGUUGAUAGGCAACUAUCUAGUGAUAAUAUACUUCCAGCUCUUUGUGAGCAUUCUCCUUCAAAUUGCACAAAUGAGGAAUCUCAGUAAAAGCUAAACAUAAAUUUAUUACACAAAAAUAGAGACACACAUUAAAGUUAUAAACGAUAUAUUAUAAUUAUAAUAAUUAAACAAAUGCACAAAUACUAAUUAUAAAAGCAAAUAA